AUGAGUGCAUGGAUCACUAAUUGGGAAUAUGUUCCUCAAAGUGAUUUUUCUACUUUUAUACUUGCACGUACAGCACCUCUAAGUUAUGGUGAAUGUAAUUGUGGAUUAUCAUUUAAAUGUACUCAGUCAUCAGGAGAUAUGAUGAGUGGUUGUUAUCCACUUGAAUCUAUUCUUCAAACAAAACUUUACUGUUUUUAUGAUCAAAAUUGUAUUGAUUCAAAUGGAAAUUUUACAAGUUUAAAUAUGUCAACGUUGGAAAAAAGUCAAUUUAAUUUAGAUUCAACAAUUGAAUCAAUUUUAAAUAAUUUAAUGAUUGAAGAAUAUAAAACUAAUUUAUCAUAUGAAAAUUAUUUUAAUCAAUGUCAACCAUUAUUAUGUUCAUAUUCUUAUAUUAAAACUCAUGAUUUAACUCAAACAAUAAUAUCUCUCAUUUCUCUUUAUGGUGGAUUAGUUAUUAUAACUCGUUGUUUAACAAUUAUUUUUGUUAAAAUUUAUCAACAUGAAAAAAACCGAAUUAAUCCCGAAGCUCUUCAACAAAAUAUUUAA